AUGGCUCCCAAGGCUCGCAAAGGCGAUGCCGCCGCGGCCGCGAACGGCGGCGGCGAUGCGGGCGAGGAUCUGAUGGCGUGGGUGGCGAAGAGUCGCAAGCUGGACGAGAAGCGGCGCGCGGAGAAGGAGAAGGCGGACCGCAUGGCGCGCAUGCUCGCCGACCAGGACGCAACGGCCGCGGAGGAGGAGGAGGAGGAGGACGACGAGGAGCAAGGAGGGCGACAGCGGUCAUCCCGACCCGAGUACACCUCUCGCGACCUGGCGGGGCUGAGGGUGAGGCACGGGGUGGGCGCGGUGCUGCAGGAGGGCGCGGCCGUGGUGCUCACACUCAAGGACGCCUCCAUCCUCGCGGGGGACGACGUCAAUGAAGAGGAGGACGAGUUGGAGAACGUGGAGGUGGCGGAGCAGAGCCGGCGAGACAAGGCGUACCGCGCUGCCAAGAAGACCACCAGCAUCGCCGACAAGUUCGCGGAGGACGAGGGCGAGAAGAAGCCCAUGCUGCCACAGUAUGACGAUGGGCAGGACGACGAGGGCAUAGUGUUGGACGGGUCAGGCGGGCUGGACGAGGCCACUCGCUCGCGACUGGACCAGGUGCGCAGCAGGCUGCAGGGCGCAGCCAGCACGCUCCCCCCUGCCCCCCACGCGCUGGGCAGCACCACAUUUGGGGGAGGGGCGGAUGGGACAAGCUUCGCCGCUCCAAAGGUGGCGAGUGACUUCCUGACGGCAGAGGAGAUGGAGCAGCGGCGGGCGGCGCAGUUCAGAAAGCCAAAGCGGAAGAAGGAGAGCAGACGGCGACGAGGGGGAGAGGAGGGGGGUGAGGAGGGGGAGGGUGGAGGAGGGGAGGGAGGAGGGGGUAUGAUGAAGAAAAAGAGGAAGAAGGAGAAACUGGAUUUGGAUGAGCUAGAGGCGCAGGCUCGGGCGGCAGGUUUGGGGAGAGGUUCGGAUCUGGGGCGGAGGGACGGGGAGGGAGGGACGGGGGUGACGGCGAGGCGGAGGGAGGAGCAGGCGAGGGAGGAGAGGGGCGGGCGGGCGGCUUAUGAGAGCGCCAAGGCCAAGGCGGUACAGGCCUCGAUGGUGCUGAAAGCAGAGCAAGGGGAGGGUGGCGAGGAGGCGGGGGGGGUGGGUGGAAGGGAGGAGAGGGGGGUUGUGAAAGAGGAGAUGGAUGUGGAUGGGCGAGCAGGAGGGGAGGAAGGGGAUGGAGGGGCGGUGGUGAAGAGGGAAGAGGUGGAGGAGCAGGAGAAGGGCACGGGUGAGGAGGCAGGCAGGGAAGGGGAAGAGGAGGAGGAAGAGGAGGAAGAAGGAGAGGGGUCGGACACGGUGGUGAUAGGCGACGAUGAUGAGGACCUGCAGCGGUCGCUGCAGCGCACCCGACAGCUCGCCCUGCGCCGCCGCCACGAGGAGGAGGCUGCUGCUGCUGCUGCUGCCGGUGUGGGUGACGUGGGGAGGGUGAAAGAGGAGGCGGACAUGGAAGGGGUGAUUGGUGCUGGUGGGGAAGAGGCGAAGGUGGGGCCAGCAGUGAAGGGUGAGGCGCUGGUGCUGGCGCGGGUGAAACAGGUGGGGCGCGUGAGGAGGCGGGCACAAGAGGAGGAGGAGGGGGAGGGCGUGGGGCGCGGGCUUGUGUUCAGCGACACGGGGGAGUUCUGCCGUGGCUUGCAGCUCGAUGACGCGUUGGUGAAGCGAGUGAAUGCGAGGGAAGCCGCCGCCGCCGCCAAGGAGGAACUGGCCGCCGCCGCCGCUGCCCUCCCCCUCCCCCCCUCCUCCUCCGCUGUGGCUGCUGCUGCGGCGAGCAGUGCAGACGGGGGCGGGUGGAUGGAG